GUAAGAUCUGCUUCCUCCUCCCAUUCACCUCACCUCCUCUUUUCUUUUCCAUCCUACUAAUGUCUGACUUUUGGUGGGAAGAAGAAAACUGUGUGGGGGGGAUUCUCUUGUCACAUCCCUCAACCACCACCCCCAUCAUCCGGCUCCUGUGAGACUUCAUCAUCAUCAUCAUCAUCAUCAUCACACACAGGCGUCCACAUCAAAGUGGAGAAGAGGAGGAGAGAAGAAAGAGGCACAUCAGGGUUAUUUGUAGGAGAGGAGGAGGAAGGCGAGAAAUCCUUACACCUGAUCACAUCCCAGGAAGAGACAAGCACUCAGGGGAAGGGACAAGUUCUUCACCAGCUCCUGGAUUCAGAAGGAUUGUGUCAGUGGACAUCUAGGGAAGAGGUCCUCUGCUCUACGAUUGCUGCUGGUGGGAGAAGAUGCUGCCUGCCAGGUCUGCUGCUGAAUGUUCUUGGGCUCUGGCUUCUGGAUUUGGCUCAUAUUUAACCCUUUGGAUAUGGCUUAUUACCUGCUGCUGCAAGUCGGGGACCUUCUGUAGCCCAAGUAAUGAAGUGAAUUUACUGGAUUCCCGAUCUGUCAUGGGUGACCUUGGAUGGAUAGCAUACCCAAAAAAUGGGUGGGAAGAAAUUGGUGAGGUUGAUGAGAACUAUGCUCCAAUACAUACAUAUCAAGUAUGCAAAGUGAUGGAACAAAAUCAGAACAACUGGCUCUUGACAAGCUGGAUCCCAAAUGAAGGAGCAUCAAGAAUCUUCAUUGAGCUCAAAUUUACACUACGGGACUGUAACAGUCUUCCAGGAGGACUUGGUACUUGUAAAGAAACUUUCAAUGUAUAUUAUUUUGAAUCAAAUGAUGAAGAUGGCAGGAACAUAAGGGAAAAUCAGUAUAUUAAGAUAGAUACUAUUGCAGCUGAUGAAAGCUUCACAGAGUUAGACUUGGGGGAUAGAGUCAUGAAGCUAAACACAGAGGUGAGAGAUGUUGGACCAUUGACAAAGAAAGGUUUCUAUCUUGCCUUCCAAGAUGUGGGAGCAUGUAUUGCUCUUGUGUCUGUCCGUGUGUACUACAAAAAAUGUCCCUCAGUGGUACGUAACUUAGCACUUUUCCAAGAUACCAUAACUGGAGCAGAUUCUUCACAGCUUUUGGAAGUAUCUGGAUUGUGUGUCAACAAUUCGGUGACAGAAGAGGCUCCAAAAAUGCACUGCAGUGCUGAAGGGGAAUGGCUUGUUCCAAUUGGAAAGUGCAUGUGUAAAGAAGGCUAUGAGGAAAAGAACAAUACCUGUCAAGCAUGUCGUCCAGGAUUUUUCAAGUCUUCCCCUCAGAGUCACACAUGCAAUAAGUGUCCACCUCACAGCUAUGCCCAUGAGGAAGCAUCAACAUCUUGUGUCUGUGAAGAGCGCUAUUAUAGGAGAGAAUCUGAUCCUCAUACAAUGGCAUGUACAAGGCCACCAUCACCGCCACGAAAUGCAAUUUCCAAUAUCAAUGAAACUAGUGUCUUCUUGGAAUGGAUGUUUCCAGCAGACACCGGAGGAAGGAAAGAUGUCUACUAUAACAUUGUGUGCAAGAAAUGUAACUCUAUUGCCAGGGUUUGCGAGGAAUGUGGAAUUCAUGUUCGUUACUUACCUCAGCAAAGUGGCCUCAGAAACACCUCUGUGAUGGUAAUAGAUCUUCAGGCCCAUACAAAUUACACCUUUGAGAUUGAGGCUGAAAAUGGUGUUUCUGAGCUCAGUCCUGGAUCAAGGCAGUAUGUCUCACUGAAUGUCACUACCAACCAGGCUGCGCCUUCUCCAGUCACUCAUGUGAAGAAAGGAAAAAUUUCCAGAAAUAGCAUUUCCUUGUCUUGGCAGGAACCCGAGAGACCCAACGGUAUCAUCCUGGAAUAUGAGAUCAAAUACUUUGAAAAGGACCAGGAAACUAGCUACACAAUUAUCAAGUCCAAGGAAACAGAAAUCACAGCAGAGGGACUGAAGUCUGCAUCAUCCUACAUAUUCCAGAUCCGAGCACGCACGGCUGCAGGGUACGGUGCCUUCAGCCGCAGAUUUGAGUUUGAAACCAGCCCAGUGUCAUUUGCAGCAACUGGUGAUCAGAGUCAGAUUCCUAUUAUAGCAGUGUCAGUCACUGUGGGGAUUAUUAUUCUGGCCGGAAUGGUUGGUUUUCUUCUCAGUGGAAGGCGAUGCGGCUACAGCAAAGCUAAGCAAGAUCCAGAAGAGGAAAAGAUGCAUUUUCACAACGGACACAUUAAACUUCCAGGAAUAAAGACAUAUGUUGACCCUCAUACCUACGAAGACCCAAACCAGGCAGUACACGAAUUUGCCAAAGAAAUUGAUGCUUCCUAUAUAACUAUUGAAAGAGUGAUUGGAGCGGGUGAAUUUGGAGAAGUUUGUAGUGGCCCCAUUAAGCUACCAGGGAAAAGGGAAUUUCCAGUUGCUAUUAAGACUCUUAAAGUUGGAUACACUGACAAGCAGAGGAAAGACUUCUUGGGUGAAGCCAGUAUAAUGGGACAAUUUGACCAUCCAAACAUCAUCCACUUAGAGGGAGUUGUCACAAAAAGUAAACCUGUAAUGAUUGUAACAGAAUACAUGGAAAAUGGCUCUUUGGAUACCUUCUUAAAGAAAAAUGAUGGCCAGUUCACUGUAAUUCAGCUUGUGGGUAUGCUGAGAGGCAUAGCAUCUGGAAUGAAGUACCUUUCAGACAUGGGCUAUGUCCACAGAGACCUGGCAGCAAGGAACAUACUCAUUAACAGUAACCUGGUCUGCAAAGUUUCAGACUUUGGUCUAUCCCGGGUUCUUGAAGAUGAUCCUGAAGCCGCAUAUACUACAAGAGGUGGAAAAAUACCAAUACGAUGGACUGCCCCUGAGGCCAUUGCUUUCCGUAAGUUCACCUCUGCAAGUGAUGUGUGGAGCUAUGGAAUUGUGAUGUGGGAAGUCAUGUCAUAUGGAGAGAGACCAUACUGGGAAAUGACCAACCAAGAUGUAAUUAAAGCUGUUGAGGAAGGUUACCGAUUGCCAAGUCCCAUGGAUUGCCCGGCUGCUCUUUAUCAGCUCAUGCUGGAUUGCUGGCAGAAAGACCGCAACAGCAGGCCCAAGUUUGAAGAGAUUGUCAGUAUGUUGGACAAGUUGAUUCGUAACCCAAGCAGCUUGAAGAUGCUUGUUAAUUCGUCUAACAGGGUAUCAAAUUUACUGGUUGAACAAAAUACAGUUGGAAGUGCUGCAUACAGAUCAGUAAAUGAGUGGCUAGAGGCCAUAAAGAUGGGAAGGUAUGCUGAUACGUUUGUGGAGAAUGGAUGCACUUCAAUGGAUUCAGUAACCCAAAUGACUUUGGAAGAUCUGAGAAGGUUCGGGGUGACUCUGGCUGGUCAUCAGAAGAAGAUAAUGAAUAGCAUCCAAGAAAUGAGAGCCCAGCUAUUGAACGGAAUGGUGCCGUUGUAAUUGGGCCAUUCUGCAACCAAGCAAGUCUGCACUUUGUAACCUGCCCAGAGAUUUAUAGACAUAGAAAAACCUGAAAUGAAAAAGGGAAGUAUAUUGCUAUAGAAAACUGAAAACGACACAAUGAACAUACAACAGACAACUCAAAAAAUCAGUAUUUGACCCAAACUUCUGUUUAUUUUUUAUUCUGUUUGUGUCAUCGUUCGUCAUGAGUAAUUGCAACGUGCAUGGGACCUGGAGCUGGAUGUAGAGAUGUAAAGUAAGGUUAGCCUGUUCUUUGGCUUCUGUAACAAAGGACUUCCUAUGAUGCAUUGUACAUGGAUUGUAUAUAGCAUCUUGAUAGUGCUUUUAUUGUAGCAGCACGCUAAAUACUUCCAAGGACUUACUUGAAUGGAUCAUUUAAAACAAUGUUUUGUAGCCCUGUAUGGCAUAGAAGAAAAAAAACUGCAGUUUACUGACGUUUACUAAGUCUCAAUUGUCUAUAAUGGUGUAUUGAACAGCAAUAUGUCUAGAUUUUCUUGAUAGUUAUCUUUAUGUUUUUUGUUCUUGUUUUUUGUUUGUAAAUCGAAAAAAUGCUGUUACACAGCAUUACGGUAUGGAAGCGUAUGUACAUACGUGCUUGACCAAUUGCAAAUACAAUAUAUUUAUUUUUUGUGUUCUGAGUUUUCCUAUUAGUUUGCUCUCUGGUAAGGUUAAUGCAUUAAGUAAUGAAUCUGUAAAUAUUGUACAGUUUGCUACACUCCCAGGUACAUUUUUACAUGCUGCCACUUAUGUCUGCCUGUUUGAUCUUCUUUUCCUUGGGCACUCAUGAUGAGUUUCAACAUUUAAAAAAACUAAAUUUAAAAUAUAUUACAUCUUUUCUGCAAACAUCAGCUAAAUUCUGUCAUGUCUAAGGCCAUUGUGCUUUAUAAAAAUAUAAUAACAACAGGGUAUAUGUAUAAAGAAAAAAACAAGACAAAUAUUCAUUUUGUGGUUUUUAUUACAUUUUUUUUCAAGGAAACAUUAAAUAUUUUUU